ACACAAACUAUAUCUCUCCACUCCAAUCAUCUCCUUCAUUCUCUGCGUCAAUGGCUUCCUUCAAUUCAUUCCCCAUUCAUAAACAGAUUGUUGGUUCUUCUUCUUCUUCGUCGUCUUCGUCUACUUCUCGGCCACGUAUCUUGGUGCGAUCGAGUAUAACAUCGUCCAAUAGUAUGCUGGUCUUUGUACCUCCACAUCCUUUGAUUAAACAUUGGCUCUCUUUAUUGAGAUGUGACCAAACUUCUUUCCCCAUUUUCGUUAGAAUUCCGGUGAAUUCUUUAGUUGCAACGAGGUGGUCGUUUGUAUCCUCAGUCAAAGAGGAAAGCAGAAUGUAUCAGAAAGAUUCUCUAAAGGCAUGUGGCUGCGCAUCUGCAACUGCUUACACUACAGAAAAUAAUGUAUAUGUUGAGCUCAAAGAUUCCAAGGAAAAUAUUGGCGUGGCUUCUGCGGAAAGAUCAUAUUCAUCCUGUAGCAUGUUGCAAUACAAUUUACUAGCCAAGAACCUUUUGGCACUAGAGGAAACUUUUGUUGCCUUGGAUUCUUUAAGAAUGGAAAGAGAUAUCAUGUUGCAAAUGGGGAAGCUGGGGGCUGCUGAGUUAUUUAAAACCUGUCUAUCUAGGUCUCGUGGUUCCUCAACCACUUCAUGCUUAUCUGACACAACCGAGUUGGUGGAUACUACACCAAAUCAGCAAGUCUUUGUAUCUUCGAGAAGAAAAUUGAAAACGAAAGCAAGAAGGUCGAGUGUUACAGCUGAGAAUGCUGAUCAGGAUUCUUUGCCUAUGGGUUUAAGAACCACAUGGAAUAAUAUUGAUGUUCCUAGAGGGAGAAGGCCAUCAAAAUAUAGAAAGAAGAGAGAGAGGGUCUCUAGAAACGAGGCUGAGAUGUCAACAGGAGUCAAGAUAGUGGCGGACAUGGAAAGAAUCAGAACACAACUGGAGGAAGAAAGUGGUAAGGUAGCGAGUUUGAGUUGUUGGGCUGAAGCAGCUGGGAUGAACGAAAAACUCCUAAUGCGCAAUCUACAUUACGGUUGGUACUGUAGAGAUGAACUGUUGAAAAGCACCCGGUCUUUGGUUCUCUUCCUUGCAAGAAAUUACCGUGGACUGGGAAUCGCCCACGAAGAUUUAAUUCAGGCAGGGUAUGUGGGGGUGUUACAAGGAGCAGAGAGGUUUGAUCACACUAGGGGUUACAAGUUUUCAACAUAUGUGCAGUAUUGGAUAAGAAAAUCAAUGUCCAUGAUGGUGUCACGGCAUGCAAGAGGCGUCCAUAUUCCUUCAUCAAUAAUCCGAACUAUCAAUCAGAUACAAAAGGCUCGUAAGACCUUGAAAACGAGCCACGGGAUAAAAUAUCCGGCGGAUGAGGAGAUUUCGAAACUAACAAGCCUCUCUGUGAAGAAGAUUCGAGCAGCUAACCAAUGCCUAAAAGUGGUUGGUUCAAUCGAAAAGAAAGUCGGGGAUUGCUUUUCUACAAAAUUCCUGGAAUUUACACCGGACACGACGAUGGAGAGUCCUGAGGAGGCCGUGAUGAGGCAGAGCGCGAGGAGAGACAUACAUGAUCUUUUAGAAGGGCUAGAGCCAAGAGAGAAGCAAGUGAUGGUUCUACGUUAUGGUCUUCAAAACUACAGGCCCAAGUCCCUGGAAGAGAUUGGGAAGCUUCUUAGGGUUAGCAAAGAAUGGAUUCGGAAGAUCGAACGGAGAGCAAUGGCUAAACUCAGGGACCAACCCAACGCCGAAGACCUCAGAUAUUAUUUGAAUCAGUAAAGGAUAGAGAUUUUGGAACCAAUGAAUUUUUAUGUCUUCUGUCACAGUGUGAUUGUGUAGUCUUGUGUGUUUAUAAUAGUAACGUUGGAGAUCCCUCGAGUUUAAAAACUCUUGUAUAUGUGGUGUAAACUUAUAUUAUAGUGAAAAUAGAUAUUUUACAAGUUA